UCAUUGCCGCUGUCCACAUCGCUCGUCGCCGUCGUCCGCCGAGUUUGCUUUUUAUUUAUUUUAUUUUUUUAUUAAACAUUUUUAUUUCCCAAACAAUUCAUUCGGUUUUUUUUUUUUUUUGUCGACCAUCGCACCUAUACUCAUCUCAAUCGCCAAAUAAAAUAUGUCCAAGCCCAAAGUAUACGUCGUUGGAGUCGGUAUGACCAAGUUUGAAAAACCUGGUCGUAGAGAAGACUUUGAUUACCCACAAAUGGCUGUUGAAUCUGUUACUAAAGCGCUACAAGAUGCAAAAAUCAGUAUACAGAAAGUGGAUCAAGCGUGUGUGGGAUAUGUAUAUGGUGAUUCUACUUGUGGACAAAGAGCUUUGUAUGAAGUAGGAAUGACUGGAAUACCUAUUUAUAAUGUCAAUAAUAAUUGUUCAACUGGAUCUACAGCCUUAUAUUUGGGUAAACAAAUUAUCGAAUCUCAAAAUGCACAAUGUGUAUUAGUACUUGGUUUUGAAAAAAUGGAAUCCGGAUCAUUGUCUGCUAAAUUUUUAGAUCGGACAAAUCCAAUGGACAAACAUGUGACACUAAUGGGUGAUUUAGUUGGUUUAGAUGGAGCACCAAUAACUGCACAGCUUUUUGGAAAUGCUGCUUUGGAAUAUAUGAAUAAAAACGGCAUUAAACCUGAAACACUCGCUAAGAUUGCAUACAAGAACCACAAACAUUCAGUUAAUAAUCCAUAUUCUCAAUUCCAAAAAGAAUAUACAUUAAAAGAAAUCCUUGAAUCACCCAAAGUAUUUGGACCCUUAACUAAACUUCAAUGUUGCCCAACAUCUGAUGGAUCUGCAGCAGCUAUUUUAGCAUCUGAAAAAUUUGUUAUUGAAAAUAACCUUCAGGAUCAAGCAAUUGAAAUUGUUGGAAUGGAGAUGGCUACUGACCCACCGACCACAUUCUCUGGUCAAAGCUGUGUUCAAAUAAUAGGAUAUGACAUGACAAAAUUGGCAGCUGAUAAAUUGUUUAGUAAGACUACUAUCAAACCAGAAGAUGUUGAUGUAGUAGAAUUACAUGAUUGUUUCUCUGCAAAUGAAUUAAUCACAUAUGACGCUUUGGGCCUUUGUAAACCAGGAAAAGCUGGAGAGUUUGUUGAGUCUGGUUCAAAUACUUAUGGAGGACAAGUAGUUGUAAACCCAAGUGGUGGUUUAAUUUCUAAAGGUCAUCCUUUGGGUGCUACAGGAAUUGCACAAUGUAGUGAAUUGUAUUGGCAACUACUUGGCAAAGCUGACAAAAGACAAGUACCAGGCGCUAAGGUAGCUCUUCAACAAAACAUUGGUUUGGGUGGCGCGGUCAUAGUAGCUUUAUACAAACAAGGGUUUCCUAAGACUUCACAAACACCAAAAAAAGAAGUGGCUAAGCCAACUACGGAUAAAGAUCCAACUAUUUUUAAGGUUUAUAAAAUUUUCAAAAUUCUUGAAGAAGCCAUGUUAGAUGACAAAGAAAAUAUCAUUGAAAGAGUACGUGGUAUUUAUUGUUUUAAAGUUACCAACACCCAAGGAAAGGAAGGAAUGUGGAUUAUUGAUGCAAAAAACGGAAAAGGAAGUAUUACGUUUUAUGGCACAGGCAAACCAGAUGUAACAUUCACAAUGAAAGAUGAGGAUGUUGUUGAACUGAUAUCAGGGAAAUUAAAUCCUCAAAAAGCAUUUUUCCAAGGCAAAAUCAAAAUUCAAGGAAACAUGGGCUUAGCAUUAAAAUUAGUUGACUUGCAAAAACUCAUGAGUCACAAAAUAGCUGAGCUACGAGCAAAAUUAUAAAAUUAGUAUGUUGUCAACGGUUAACAUUUUAAAUUAUUUUAAAAACAAUUUGUAUUGUGAAACCAAUCAAUUGAUGGUGUGGUUUGUUAGUUCUUAAGAUUAUUAUUUCAUGAGGUUUAGGUUUAAAUUUAUAUUUUAAUUGGUUUUUAUUUUUUUUAAAUUUUUAUGUGUUUUGUUAAUUUUUACAUUAUUGCAUUCCUUAUAUUUUUUUUUAUAUUAUCAUUACUGUAGUUUUAACUAUUAUUUGGUAUUUGAAAUGAAUAAAGUCUGUGAUUUUUAAGGGAAAACCAUAGGUGUUCUGUUAGGUAAUAACAUCA